AUGAAAAUGUUUCAGGCAACCUCUGUCAUUCAGUCUGAAGUGGAAUUGCAAGACGUUGCUAAGAUUGACCUGCUGCGGUCAUUCCCUGCAGCUGGAAACUUGGGUCACAGGAAUUUCACCUACUUUUCAGCUGUAUGCUGGCUGUUUAGCCAUCACUUGUAUGAGACAUUGCAAUACCCUAUAGGUUUGCCAUCUGUGCUGUGGAAUGUAAUGAUCCAUCCUCUCCUCAACAUGACCCUCAGGGGCAUUAUCUGGUACCAAGGUAGCCCAGUACAGAUCAGGGCCCACUGCAUGUGGGGUGUGGCUCUCUUGUCCCUUGUGCUGGUUUCAAGUGAAGCAAACACCAUCCUGAAUAUGGAUAUGUACAGCUGCAUGUUCCCAGCUUUCAUUGCAGACUGGCCCAGGGCCUUCUAUAUGGGCUCUGAGGGGCAUACACAGCCCUUGCUUCCAGGCAAAAAUGAAAUCUGUUUGCGUGUUUGGUGGCACCAAACUGCUGACUGUGGCUACACCUGCAACCAGAGGAUGCCUAACAUAUUCACUGCUGUGGUGUUCAUUCUCUGGUCUUCCAAGGACCAUAUCCCAAACAUGUCAGCAGAUACAGCCAGGGGUCUCAUUAAUGUCACAUGGACAGGAAAUCCUGCCCCUCCUGAUGGACAACUGCAUAUAUGA